AUGUAUAUCCAAAACUCCACUAUACCUCUGUCUGUAAAUUUUGAUCGUCCAGAAGAUUUUUUGAUAUUUAUUUUUCAUAUUUUGUUCGCCUCUAGCUCAGUCCUUUUGGGUGGUUCUGUUGUGAUUGGCAUCCUUGGUACUCGCUCUCUUCGAAUACAAAACCGCUUUAUUUUUAUGCUUAACACCAGCAUCAGUGACACACUAACGGGAUUCUCGGUUUACUAUCUUGGUCUUUUUGAUGUUCAAGAAGGGUAUCCAUCAAGGAACGGAACUUUUUACAUACUUCCAUCAUUUCUUGGUGUGAAUGUACUGACAUUUUUGUUUGCACAAUUUGACAGGUAUUUCGCUGUAUGCCAUCCCUUUUUUUACAACCGCUUCAUUACUCGUGCAUGCGUUAUUUGGAUAUGCGCAUUCUGCUGGAUUUAUACAUACGUAAUACUGACUGUCCAAAACAUGGUGCCUAUAUCAAAGGCCGCCCAAAUUAACGCGUUUGGCGUCAUUGCUUUACAAAUAAUUGUUCUCACGAAGGUUAUCAUGACUGUAAAAUUGUAUGUCAUUGCAAGACAUCAACUAGGCCGACAGUUGCCCACCGCAGAAAGAGAAACAAAGAAAGAAUCGUUGCGUAUUAUUGUGUUUGUUGUAAUAUGCUUCCUAAUUUUAUGGUGUCCUUCUUUUGUGAAUAUUAUUGUCAGACAACUGACUGGUAAAGGUCUCAGAUUCAGAAAUGAAGCGACUAACCUUUUUGCCGUAAUGGCAAGGUGUAACGCACUCUGUACCCCCGCGUUGUAUAUUUGGGCCAGUCCUUCCUUACGAGCUGCAGUGGGCAAAACCGUCUGGCACAGAAUUUGCCCGAUACUGAGGAAACAACAAAUAAAUUGCGCAUAG